AUGGCACGCUUUACACUUACCUUGGCUUGUCUUGCCACUUUCACCACCACCUUAUCCCAACAAACCCCAGACACAUCCUCCCCAGGCAAUCCCUCUCCUGCCAACCAAUGGUGGGAUAAUGAUGACCAUUAUCGCCUCGACAGCAGUACUCAAGACUAUACACCAAAGGGGGACGGCUCCUGGUACUGGCCCGAUGAGGGCUACUGCCACUAUGGAGGCAUUCAAGUUGCUGGUGUAUGUUUCGACGUUUUUGGCGAUGCUCAGAACUGCGCCGGUCCUGGGGAUGUGUGUGAUCCUAACACAUUCUGCUUCCGAGGUUCAUGUGUCGCUGUUCAGUCGGUCUCGGUUAUCGCCAACCCUGGCGACUGCGGCGGGACGCGCUGCGAACCUGGGACUACUUGCAUCAAUGGGGAGUGUCGUCCCACCACUAUUGAUAAUAGCCAGUGUGGCUUUGGUUGCGGUCCCAGAAGUGUCUGCAUUGCUGGUACUUGCGUUGAUGUCAAAGGCGAACCCUCUAGUUGUGGCCCAGACGAAACAGCGUGUCCCAAUAACAGUCUCUGCAUCCUCGGAACCUGCUUCACACUUCCUGACAGAGGUCUCUGUCCCGGUGGCUGCGAGGGCGGCUCUAUCUGUGUCGAUGGCAUUUGUAUCCCCAUUGACAACUCUUCUGUCUGCCCAGCAGCAGGUUGCCCCCCUGGCACUGUCUGCCUGAACAACGGCUGCACUGAAAUCAACAACCCAUCUCAAUGUAGCGAUACGGGCCCUCAGUGCCCACCGGGAUUCGUUUGUGUCUCGGGUGUCUGCGUUCCCUGGGCCCAGCCUGCGCUCUGCGGCUGGUACGGGACAUCUUGUCCAUCAGACACUGUUUGCGUCCUCGGCAACUGCAUCACCAUCGAGGAUCCCGCUAACUGCGGUUCCCCAGGAAUUGGAUGUGCCACCAACGAGAUCUGCUUGUCUGGCUACUGCACGCUGUAUCAAGGUCUCGAACGGUGCACUGCCACCACAGAUUGUAGUGCUGGUCAGGUUUGCGAUGCCGGUGCCUGUGUCACCAUUCCCAACAAUUCCUGCCAAACUAGUGGAGAUUGCACCAAUGGCCAGACGUGUAUCAACAGUGUUUGUAGUGUCCAGACUUCCCUCUGCCAGGUUGACGGCGAUUGCACUCAAGAGCAAACCUGUGAUCGCAUCAGCCGCACUUGCAUCAUAACAAGGUGUCAGACAACAGCGGACUGCCUCUGGAACGCUGAGUGCAAUGCAGACGGCAUCUGUGUCGUCCUUCCGACUACUUGCCAGACUAAUGCACAGUGUACCGAUGCUGAAACUUGCGAUUCAAACACACAGAAUUGUGUGGCCAAGCAGUGCCAGACCAGCUUUGACUGUGGCCAGGGAUCCAAAUGCAACGAAAACGGCAUCUGCAUUUCCCUUCCAUAUCUCUGCGUUGGCGAUUCCAAUUGUCCAGCUGGUGAGACCUGCAACACGGCCGCUCGUGCAUGUGUUCGAAAGGUGUGCCAAGGAAUCCAAGACUGUCCUCCUGGCUUCAGCUGCGGUAUCAACGGUGUCUGCGUGAAUGCUGCGACAUCUACUGAAGAGUGUCAGUCAGACUCUGACUGCGAUGGAAACCAGAGAUGCGAUACCGUCAGCCAGGCUUGUGUGCCUAGGAACUGCACCACAAAUUCAGACUGUGCUGCCGGCUCCGAGUGCAAUACCCAAGGCAACUGUAUCAGCUCCCCUGGGAACUGUCAGUCUAAUACCGACUGUGCAACUGGGGAGACCUGCGAGAACGGGACUUGCACAGCCGGACCUGUCACCACAUGUCAAACAAGCAGUGAUUGUUCAACCGGCCAAGUAUGUAACGAAGGCCAAUUGCCCUACAGGCCAGACUUGCUCUGCGGCCGGAACAUGCGAAUCUUCCAACCCCUCGCCGUGUAG